UCUUUAUCGCGGUUAAUUAAACCCGUCUCUUCCUUUUUUUUAGAUUAAAAGAAAAUUAAAAAAAGAAGAAAACGCAAGAGACGUGUGUUUUGUCGUCUCGUGAAGGAACGCCUCCUGGUGGACGCGUGUCAACAAACGAGAGGCUGGAGGUUUGGUUACGCAUUAAACGCAUCUCAAACUUGUCUUUCUCUCUCUCUCUCUCUCUCUCUCUCUCUCAAGCUCUCGACGAAGGCGAUAUGUUUGGCGAUUUGAUAGAUUAUGCUUGUGAUUGAGCCUCUUGUUGGUAUGAUCCGUUGUUACAUGUUGAUUCUCGUCGAAUCCUUCUCUCGAUGGUUCUCCUCGACGGCGCCGGAGCUUUUACGCGGUGGCUCGUCUCUAAUCGAAAGGUAAUCCGGUUCUUUGUCUCAUGCAUGUGAGUGAUCUCUGUUCAAUUUGUUCUGAUUGCAAUUUCUUCUUCUUUUUGGGUUUGUGCGGUUUGAUUUAGUGUAUCGGUGGCGACGGAGAUCUCCUCUACGGUGCGGGAGCUCUCCUCGACGGCGACGGAGCUCUCCUCGAUGGCGAUAAAGCUGUAUGUCGGUGGCGACGGAGCUCUCUCACAGUGACUCUCCUCGAAUCGAAGGUAAAGCUUCUGUUGUCUCAUGUUCUGAAAUUUUUUUUAAUUUUUCAUGGAUCAAAAUCGAUUUGUUGUAUGGAUGGAUCAAAUUUGAUAUGUUCAAAAAUCACUGAUAAAAUCGUUUUGUAUAAGUUCUGACUUGUUGUUUGAGUGUGUGGGUUUCUCAAAUACAUUGUUGAUCAAGUUAGUAGUCUCUGACUUCCGGUUUCUCUGUUUGUAUGUUUUCAAUCUCAACGAUCCACGGUGCAAGAGGAAGGAACCUCAAAGCAGAAGAGUGCAAAGCAGAGCAAUACAGACUGGAGCAUUGGAGCGUGAGUGAAGAAAAGACAAGGAGACAGUGAGUCACAAACACACAUGUGAAGGAAAAGACAAGAGAGACGUUGGAGCAUAGCUCAUGUCACGGACACACACUUUAUUGUAGCAUAGCUCAUGUCACGGACACACAGUUUAUUGUGUAUUAUUGUAUCACAUGUCUAUCUGCCAAGUCUUGUAUUGUUUUGUAUAUCACGGACACAAGGCUUCAAAUUUUAUAUAAAUGAAACUUCUUCUAUCUCUCUCAGUAUCAAACUGCCAUCUCAAGUCCUUCUAUCUCUCUCAAGUUAUCUCAAGUGUAAUCACUUUCUCAAACUUCUCUUUUAUAAACACAUAAUCACUUUCUUCCUUCACAAGUUCUUCUUAAUCUCUCACUUUAUAAACACUUCAACACCUAAUUAAUUUCUUUCUUCACGUUAAACUCUUAGUCACUCUCUAUUUAAACUCUUUUUAAUCACGUUAAUGGCUUCCUCUUCUUCUCAAAACACUUUUGAUGAUGCUUUUGAUGAUACAUUUGAUGAUACAUUUGAUGAGCUUUUUGAUCAACAUUUUGAUCAAGCAUUUGAGGAUUUUACCAUUCAAGCUAAUCAAGAAGAACGAAGAAAAAAAAGAAAAAAACGAGUUUAUAUUGAAAGACAUCGUGAAGAAGGGCAUAAUCGUUUAUGGAACGAUUAUUUCAGUCAAACUCCAACGUAUCCUCCUAAUUUAUUCCGACGACGUUUUAGAAUGAACAAGCCAUUAUUCAUGCACAUUGUGGAUCGACUCUCCAACGAAGUUCAAUAUUUUCGGGAAACAAAAGAUGGUCUCGGAAGGAAUAGUCUCUCUCCACUUCAAAAGUGUACCGCCGCCAUUCGUGUCUUGGCAUAUGGUUCUGCAGCUGAUACCGUCGACGAAUACCUCCGGCUCGGUGAAACAACAACUCGGUUAUGUGUAGAAAAUUUCGUGGAAGGAAUAAUAUAUUUGUUCGGCGAAGAAUACCUAAGAAAACCAACACCAGCUGAUCUUCAACGUCUACUUGAUAUUGGAGAGUAUCGUGGCUUUCCCGGGAUGAUAGGAAGCAUCGAUUGUAUGCAUUGGGAGUGGAAGAAUUGUCCCACCGCUUGGAAAGGGCAAUAUGCUCGUGGUUCAGGUAAACCAACAAUCGUUUUAGAGGCGGUUGCUUCAUAUGAUCUCUGGAUAUGGCAUGCGUUUUUUGGACCUCCAGGUACGUUAAAUGAUAUCAAUGUUCUUGAUCGUUCACCAGUUUUUGAUGACAUAAUAAAUGGUCAAGCUCCGAAAGUCACUUUCUCUGUCAACGAACAUCAGUAUAAUAUGGCUUACUAUCUCACCGAUGGUAUUUAUCCGAAAUGGUCAACUUUUAUCCAAUCUAUUCGUAUACCACAAGGGCCGCAAGCAGUUUUAUUUGCUCAGCAUCAAGAAGCUGCCCGAAAAGAUGUAGAGCGGGCUUUUGGAGUCUUGCAAGCUCGUUUUGGCAUUAUUAAAAAUCCUGCGAGGAGUUGGGAUAAAACCAAAAUUGGGAAGAUUAUGAGAGCAUGUAUCAUACUCCAUAAUAUGAUCGUAGAAAACGAAAGAGAUGGUUACACACAAUUUGAUGUUCGAGGGUUCCAACAAGGAGAAGACCAAGGAAGUUCACAUGUUGAUCUCACGUAUUCUACAGAUAUCCCUUCAAAUAUCGCAAAUAUGAUGGGUGUUCGAACAAGAAUUCGUGAUACACAAAAGCAUCAACAACUGAAAGAUGAUUUGGUUGAACACAUAUGGCGUAGAUUUGGAGGUGGUGAAAACAACAACUGAGCUCUCCUGCUUAUUUCAAAUAAUUCUCGUUCAUUUUAAUAACCUUUGUUUUCAUGUUUUUAAUUUAAAAUCUAUGUUUAAUAUGUUGUCUUUUAUUUACUAAAAAAUAUAAGUUUUUAAAUAAAUAUUUAAUAUUAUUUUAUUUUCAAGAACUCCAAAGCAAGAGACUUGCAAUGCAGACAUCAAAAACUCAAGGUUCUUGACAAAGUCUCUUUAACACCUUUAUGUCUUAAAUAUUAUUAAUUUUAUCUCAAGAGACCCUUAAUGGAG